AUGAAUUCUAAUUUCAAUUUCAAUAAUGAGGAGGUUGAUGAGACAAUGCAGUGGCCUGGGCCUCCUGGCUCCUUUACCUCAUCCGAAGGGUUUACUGGGACAGACAAUGAUCGAGGCUAUGGAUAUUAUCAUACGGGAACUUCCUCCUCGGCAGACUUAACAAGCUUAACGAGUUCGGAGGCCUACCCACAAGAUUCCGGAUGGAUGAACAUCGAUCCUUUCAGUCAAGUGCGAGAAACUCCACAACAAUAUGACAGUGAUCUGGCUGGUAUUGAUCCGAGAUAUUACUUGGAGGACGAAAACAAUAUCCCCCAAAGCCUAGCGGAAGAUCUAGGAAGCUCAACUAUCACUCAACGACCAGCAGAGGAUCCAAGUGAGAGUACUGUCCUUCCCGUGGGAGGGUUGGAUCGGACCACAAUCGGAAUACCAAAUCCCGCACCUUUUUCUCUGCAACCUCCAACCCAGCCUUCCCUUGAAGGUAUCGUGGGCCAGGUGGUUACCACCUAUAGAGCUCUCAUGUCUGACCAGGCAUGUAGUCCUGAUCAAAUUUCUCAAGGGCUGCAAAACCUUGAAACGAUCAAGUACUUCUUUCAUACAAAGCUCCCGGCAUCUCCUAUUUCAAUUGCGUCUUCAGAACCGGAUACACGAGAUAAGCCGUCGUUUCGAUGUUGGCAAUGUGAUCCUCAGAAAAAGAAAGCAACCUUUCCAAGUUUUGGUGCCUUUAAGAGACAUUUGACUAUGCAUGGUAUACUCGACUGCGAGUGGCGCUGUACUUACUGCGACAUAACCCUCCACCGGCGAGAUAGGAUGCGUAACCACCUCAUUCACGUCCACAACAAAUUCAAUCUGCUCCCGGCUGAUGUGGAGGCAACUUCGAGUGAGGUAUCCCCCUCCAACCAACUGCCCCAUCCCCAUUUGACACCUUCUUGGGCUGUCUAUUUCGAGCACAUUAAGAGCCACUGUCUCGUAUCCUCUGCUUCGGGGAAUGCCUCUACCAGCGGCGAUCGUUCUGAUCACGGUGACAAUGGUGGCGGGAACGGCAAUAGGCAUGGUCAUGGCUCUUCUUCGGCCGGACCCAGCAAUUCGAACAGAGGAUCGCAAUCUAGCCAAUCAAAUAACCGGACUGGGGGUGCUCCUUACCCCAGCGCGAGCUUCGGAGGCUUCAGAAACAGGGGCAACGUGCGUCCUGGUCCCAUCUCGCACUCUGCCUCUGAUUAUCAGCUCAACACCAGCCGUCGUCAAAGCGCUACUGAAGCCAUUGAACAAAUUUCAAUCGACGACUUACUUCGAUCACCUGGGUCCGGGGCAGCUCACCUCCCCAGAGGAGCUAGUGGACAACCUAAUAACCUCCUGCCCCCACAAGACCCCCGAUUGUCACGGGGCAAUCAUUCGAGCAAGCGUAAGCGCCAGGACAAACAGAAAGAGCCAACAGACGAGCAAGCCCCUAGUUCGAACAAAUGCAGACGAUGUAAUCACGACAUGGCCAAAUGUCGCCACUGCAAAUCUGUUGAUAGUUGCCACAAAUGUGGUGACGUGCCCAGGAGUGGUAUCCAAGUUGGGGCAUCCUCGACAACGCCUGCGCAAGCCCUCCCAGAUGCAUCUUCUGCCAUAAUCAACUUGAACGAAUCCUACCUUAACCCUGAAGCAUUGGCGAACUUUGCAACGCCCCAGAACAUGCCCACCCAACUUCCUCCUUAUUACAACCCCAACGAGGUUAUGCACUUCUUCGACCCGCAAUCAUUUGGCGAUAUGACCAACACAUUCAUGGACGAUACAUUCCCAAAUGAUCCUUUCAUCAGGGUGGCCAUGGAUGUUGUCAGCCACCCACCUUUGAGAGAUCUCGGCGACAAGAUCCAAGAGUCGCCUGUAUUUGAAAGUGAUACCAAGUUACUUCACAGCAUUGGACUCGGCACAUUGAUUGGCCCGCUCUCCGCCAGAAGACAACCCAUGCAACCAAAAGCGAAAGCCUCCAGUGGUCCGGCUCCAGGAUCAUACACAGACCUCAGAAACCUUGGAUCACCAUCCAUUCUAGGAGCUCUCCAGCCGGUAUCUCGUUGCCAAUGCCCAUGUGUAACCGUCCCAACUGUCGACUACGAAGCCCACGCAAGCCUCCAAUUAUCGCCCGACGAACGCGUCGAGAUGGCAUUCAAGAUGACCCCCGCACGUGAAUCCAGCCAUCCGCUCCGCACCCGGGUGCGAGUCUUCGUGAAACUUUUUAGUCUCCGCGCGUCGGCAGCACGGUCAAACACAAAGCAGCAGAGGACUCGUUCUAUCUCAUCUGACACUACUGACGAGGAUGCCGAGUCUGAUACCGAUCCAGACCAAGGGCUUACUCCCACCUCGCCUUCCGGUUCCGAGAUCACUCCACUCCUCUACUGGACCGAGGAUAUCCAAGACUGGUCAUUCAGCUUUGACAUCAAGUGGGCUAUAACGAAACUAGCCCAGUGGACCAGCGGCAUAGAUGCCGAUUCGUGCCAGAAACUACUUCUCUCUGAUCCUGGCCAUAUACUGGACUUGAUGUCUAUGUAUAUUGUGUACAAGUUCAAGAUUUCUUGGCUUUUGAUGGGUCGUAAUGGGCUCAGUGUGUUUUUGAGCAUCUAA